UUAACCAUUGCAAUCAACCGUAUCAAAUGCAGUUGUGUCAAGCAUGGCGAUGGAGAUUUGUACGCACAAGGGGAGGAGGAAGUAAGCAUGAAACACUUCUGGUUGAUGGGCCUGUUGGCCCUGGUACUCCUGGUAUCGUUCACUACGGCCAACAAAAAGGAAGAAGCCUUUGAGGAAAGCGGAGGCAGUGAACAAGGAGAAGAACAUCACGGGAAGAAAGGUGAAAAAGAAGACAAGGGCUUCAAAUCGAAAAACGGUGUAGAAAAGAAGGAAAAGGGUGAUCACGCCAAGGAGGAACACGAAUCUCACUACGGCGAAGAGGGUGGCCACAAGAAGGAAAGUCACGACGAAGGGGACGAGUACAAGAAGCAUCACGAGGAGAAGAAGGGCUCGAAGCAUGGAAAGCAAGGUCACAAGAAGGGUCAUAAGAAGGGCUCAAAAACCACGGGUUACCACAAGAAAUCGCACAAGGACGAUUACCACAAGGAGCACAAAUUCUACGAUGACCACCACAAAGAGGGCAAGCACAAGAAGUACGGCGAUUUCAGUGAACAUCACUCGAAGAAGGCCGACGAACACAAGAAGGGAGGACAUCACGAGUCGGCUCACAAGGAGGAUGAGUACUCGAAGAAGGGCCACUCGGACAAGGGCCACCACGAUGAGGACCAUAAGGGCUGGAAGAAGAAGCACGGCCACGAAUCGCACUACUCCCAUAAGGAUGAUUAUGGCAAGAAGGGCGGCAAGAGCGGUGGCAGUGAACAUGGAUUCAAGAAGGGUGGCCACUAGAGGAAGCUGAGAGCUUUGACUGUUUUGUGAUUUGAUUCUAAUGAAAGUUUUUUGAUUUGUAUUUAGGUAGUUUUUGUCAAUCAAUUAGUUUUUUUAUACGAUUUUUAUCAAAUGUAA